AUGAUUGAAACAUUACCAACCUUACCAAAAGUUGGCGGGGACGAGGAAAUAACAAAUAAAAAGGUUAUACAACCAAUUCCAAUAAAAGAAAAAAGUAAUGUAAGAGAGCUUAAAAGAUUAUUUGAAUCAAAAAAAUCCUCUGUAAGCUCCCCACUGAAAAUAUUACCCAACUUUAGUAAGAAAAAUAAAGAAAAUGGAGAGGAGUUAGCAAUUAAUGAUAGUCUUUUACCCCCACCAGCAACACCAACAUCCAAAACACAAACCAUUACUACCAAUAACACAACCACAGUUAAUUUGGAUAACAUUAUCUCACAGGCUGAUAGAAAGUAUUAUUUUUAUGUUAAUGAAGCAAUAAGAAAAAAUCAACCUAUUGUACCAUCAUUAGCAAUUAGAAGAAAAUCUAUUGAUCUCACAAAUAGUCCAAUCAAAGGAUCAUUAUAUGCAUCAAAAUACCAACAUAUAACAUCUUAUUCACCAUCAACAAGAAUCAUUCAACUACCAAAAACAUCAUCUAGUAAUAAUCAAAAUAAAAAUCAAAAUAAUCAAAAUAAUAAUCAAAAUAACAACCAAAAUAAUACACAAAAUAAUAAUAACAAUAAUAUUAAUAAUAAUAUUAAUAAUAAUAAAAAUAGUAAUAAAUCAAAAAGGGCUGCAGUUGAUAUUUCAUCAUCAACACCCACAACAACAAAUAUUUCAGAAUUAUUAUCUUCACAAAAUGAAAAUGAGUUUAUAUGUGAUAAUAAUGACUCUAUGUGGAUCAAACAAAAAUCUAAAAUCAAUGGUAGUAGUGGUAUUAGCAGUGAUGAUUAUUUUCUUGAUAGAAACGUUUCACCAUCUAGAUUACCUGUAUCAAAAAGUACAUUUGAUCUAAAGAUUGGAAAACAACAAUCAAAAGAAGAACCAAUUAAUAUUAAAUUUUCAAGUUUAGAAAAAGAUAAUGAUAUAAAUAAAACAAAUAAUAAUAAUAAUAAUAAUAAUAAUAAUAAUAAUAAUAAUAAUAAUAAUAAUAAUAAUAAUAAUAAUAAUAAUAAUAAUAAUAAUAAUAAUAAUAAUAAUAAUAAUAAUAAUAAUAAUAAUAAUAAUAAUAAUAAUAAUAAUAAUAGUAAUAAUAAUAAUAAUAAUAUUAAUAAUGGUAUAAGUAGUAAUAAACCACCAAAAACAUUCAAAUUUCCAUUUUCAAAAGGUAAAGAGAAGUCUUCAUCAUUCUCUAUUGAUGAUGAUAUAACUCAAACAUCAAAGAAGGAAAAAAAAAUUUAUCAAAAUCUUAGUAAAGAUAAUGAAUCAUUUCAGCACUAUGGUGGUGGUGGUGAUAAACAAAAUGAUUCCUCCAAUAGUACUCGUGCUUCUUUGGAAGAAGAUAAACCAAGUAAACUAUUCCCUUGGGUAACUCUAAGAAGAAUUAAAAGAUCGAAUACCGCAGAUAUUGCACCGGUAAUUCCAAAGCAACAAGCGGCCAUUAUAAAAUCAAAAAUCGAUAUUCAACAUAUCUCUCAUGAACCACCAUUACUCUCUACAGUACAAAUUGUAAAUAGACCAACCAAACAACAAUUACUCUUACAAAAACAACAAGAGGAAUUGGAAAAGAAAUUGAGUAGAUUAUCAAUUAAACAAUUAUUAGAGGAGGAAAAGGAAAGAGAUAACAACACUUUUGGUCAUCAUGAUAAAAAUGUUCAAGUAAAUGAUGAAGAGAUUGAUGAAGAAAUUAAACAAAUUUUAUUGGUUCAUAAACAGAGACAACUUGAACAUCAGCAACAAUUAGAAAAUAAUAACUAUAUUCAAAUUAUUGAUAAUGAAGUUUAUAACGUUGUUAAUAGCAAUAAUGAUGAAGAGGAAGAAGAAGAUAAAGAUAAAGAUAAUGAUGAUGAUCAUCAUAUCAAUUACAAUGAAAAUGAAAAUAAUAAUGAUAAUUAUAAUUAUAAUGAUGAACAAGAAGAAAUAGUUGAAGGUAAAAUGAUUUCAGAGGAUAAUAUUAAACCACAAACUACAUUUGUAUCAUCAUCAACAACUAUUUUAAAAAAAGAUUUAUUAUCCUUUAAUAAUAAUAAUAAUAAUAAUAAUAAUAAUAAUAAUAAUAAUAACAAUAAUACUAAUAAUAGAGUAUCAGUAUCAUCACCAACAUCACCUUCAACAUCACCUUCAUCAUUUUCAAUAUUGAGCAAUAAUGAUAAUCUAUCACCAAAAAAAUAUGUUUCAGUUGCAAAGGCAAGAUCGAGAGCAAAUUCAAGAGUACAAUCAAUAUAUAAUCAAUCUUCCACCACUACCACAACCACUACAACUAUUAACCAUGAAACAACACCAACCACAACAACACCAACAUCAGCUUCAACAUCUUCAUCCCCAACUAUACCAAUUCAACCAACAAUGUCUGCACCGUCAUCACCAACUUUAUCGUCAAGUGAAUGUAAUCUAUCAAUAUCUGCUGAUAAUAAUAAUAGUAAUAAUAUAAAUAACAAUAAUAAUAAUGAUAAUAAUAAUAAUAAUAAUAAUAAUAAUAAUAAUAAUAAUAAUAAUAAUAAUAAUAAUAAUAAUAAUAAUAAUAAUAAUAAUAAUAAUAAUAGGAUCAAUUAUAGUGAUGAUGGAUUUUCAUUAGAUUAUCAACAAGGAAAUAAUAGUAAUACGAAUAAUACAGCACCUACAUCACCAAAUCCAUCAAUAUUAUCAAUUUCAGGAAAACCAAUAAAUCAUAGAUUAGAUCUAUUGAUAAACUCUCAUCAUCGUGCAAGAUCAGCAUCAGUGGGUAGUAUGUUUGAACAAAUGGCAAAAUUUGAAAUUGAUGAUAUACCUCCACUAAAGGUGCAUUGUAGUAGUUUAGAGGAAUGUUUAGAGGUUUUUGCAAAACCUGAUCCUCCACAUGGUCGUUGUUAUGUAUUGGAUUUAGGUAAUUGCUCAUUGGGGGACGAAGGUUUAAUCACCUUAUCCGAUAAUUUCCCUGGUAAAUUAGAAAUUGCAGAUCUAAGUUGGAAUGAUAUUGGUUCAGAUGGUAUGGAUAACUUUUGUAGUAUGCUUAGAAGAGAUAGAAAUUACAUUCAAUCCAUUUCAUUGAUGGGCAACUCUUUAAGUCCACAAGUUAUUGAUCUCCUUUUAGAAUCGAUUGAAAUCAAAGAAAACAAUAAAGCAAACCACCAUGGUGGUAAAUCAACUCCAAAAAAAGGUUACAAAGGUUUUGGUUUAAAUCUAAAAGAGACUGGUAUAGAGAAUGAAGGUGCAGAAUAUAUAGCAAGAUAUAUAGGUUCAAAUAAAUUCCCAAAUAUUAUUGGUUUGAAUUUAACCUCUAGUAGUGUAACCGAUGUUGCAAUGACUGAACUAUCGGCAUGUUUAAUUAAAACCCUAUCAUUAACCACAUUGAUUUUAGAUGAAAAUUAUUUAGGUGAUGAUGGUGCAUUGCUCUUGGCUGAUGGCUUAAAAUUUAAUAAAUCUAUAACUCAUCUUCAAAUUAGAAAUGCUGAUAUCGGUGAACGUGGAACAAUAGAAAUUUGUAAUGCUUGUAAAUUUAAUAAUACCAUCACCCUCUUGGAUAUAUCUUUAAAUCCUUGGCAAUUAGCUGGUGAAAUCUCAUUACAAUCUUUAAAAAUUUUAAAACAACAAUUAUAUUUAAAACAAUGUAAUGAAUUAUAUAAUAUUAAAAAUAUAAAUAAUAAUAAUUUAAAUAAUAAUAAUUUAAAUAAUAAUAAUUUAAAUAAUAAUAAUUUAAAUAAUAAUAAUAAUAAUGACAAUAAUAUAAAUGACAAUAAUAUAAAUGACAAUAAUACAAAUGAAAAUAAUAAUAAUAAUAAUAAUAAUAAUAAUAAUAAUAAUAAUAAUAAUAAUAAUAAUAAUAAUAAUAAUAAUAAUAAUAAUAAUAAUAAUACAAAUAAAUUAAAUCCAAUAUUACCAAAGAUAGUUUGGAAAGAUGAUGGAAUUGAAUCAUCAUUAGAAAAUGAAGAGAUAGUAGAUAUUGUUACACAUUUUGGAAUUGAUAAGAUUAUAGAUGUAAUGAUUAUGGGUAUUAGUUUUUCACCAUUAGUUGAAAAUGAAAAAUUAUUUGAACAUAUGAAUUUAGAGAGCAAACAUAUCAAUAAGAUCUUUCAAAGAAUUGUUAGUGCACCAACAAGUGUUGGUUCGGUUGAUCAUUUAAAUUCACUAAAACUAUUGGUAGCUCUCUUACCAAUUCAUCUUAGAGAGAAUGAAACCUUUUUAAAUAGUUUCUUGGAUAAUUUAUCAUCAUUGUUCUCAUUGUUGGAUAGAAAUCUCACAAAGAAUAAAGUUGAUUUCCUAUUGUUAGAAUUAUUGGAUUUCUUUACCUUGGUCAUUAAAUCCGAUAAUAGACAAUGCUAUGAAAAAAUUAAUCAAUCCAAUCUUUUCUCAAAGACUUUUGAAUUAUUCUUUGCUUUCUCAAAUCACAAUAUACUUCAUCAAAAUAUUGUUAAUCUUAUCACCGAAACAACUCAAAGUACUUAUUUAAAUUUCUAUGAAGACUCUACAUUCACCAAUGAUUUCUUUCAACAUUUGAUCACUUUUAUCACAAGUGAACAUAAAAAAGAACCUGGUCUUAGAAAAGGAAAUUUCGGUCAUUCCCUUGAAAUCUCAAACCUAUUGGACACUCGUUCCAAUAGUUCUUUCCUUUCAACUCUACAAUGGUCAAACUUCAAAUCCACUAUCCUUCAACCUGAAUCACUUUUACAACAAUCUCUUUUAUGUGGUUUCAUCCCUGAUAAAAAUUUAAAACCUGAUCAAUCCAUAUUAAGUAAAUUUGAAAAAGAAUUCAAAAGAUAA